AAAAAAAAUGGUAUGCCUGGGAUGGAGUUUGUCUGUGAGAGAUGUCGUUUUUGUAUUUUUUUGUUGUUGGCUAAAUAAGCCUGUUGAUGCUUUAGUUGUUUCGUGUAGAACGCCACAUAAUUGCUUGAACUAGUUGGGAGUUGUAGUUUUUAUAGUUACUAUGUCUUUAUCACUGCCAUAAUUGGAGACGUAAGAAAGAACUACAACCGUCAAGCCAUUUGGUGGACAGCUGAAAAAAACCUUGCCCAGACAGUUUGAUCAUACAGAAAACUUCCGUCUUUGAAUGAGAAAAGAAAACACUCGGCUAGCUAAUGCUUGUCACGGCAAAUAAGCAUACUUCGGUCUAAAUUAGCACCAUACCACGGUGUAAACAGGUCCUGCCCCCCCCAGCCUUCUCUUCUCUGAGUGUUGUAGUGAGUGAAUGAGGCGAGCCCUGCCCCGGUAGCAGCCUUCACUCCAUAUACAGACAGACAUACAGAAACAGAAACGUUGGUCUCUGGACGAGGAUGACAAUGGAAGAGAUGAAGAAUGAAGCAGAGACAACCUCCAUGGUUUCCAUGACACUCUACACUGUGAUGUAUCCCGUCUUCCACGAGUUGGAGAGAGUGAACCUGUCGGCAGCACAGACCCUGAGGGCAGCGUUUAUAAAGGCUGAGAAGGAGAACCCAGGGCUGACCCAGGACAUCAUCAUGAAGAUCCUGGAGAAGAAGAAAGUGGAGGUCAACUUCACUGAGUCACUACUGCGAAUGGCUGCAGACGAUGUGGAAGAGUUCAUGAUUGACAGGCCUGAGCAGGAGUUCCAGGACUUGAAUGACAAGGCUCGGGCACUCAAACACAUCCUCAGCAAGAUCCCAGACGAGAUCAACGACAGAGUACGCUUCUUACAGACCAUCAAAGAUAUUGCCAGCGCCAUCAAGGAACUCCUGGACACAGUCAACACUGUCUUCCGAAAAUACCAGUACCAGAACCGACGGGCACUGGAACACCAAAAGAAAGAGUUUGUGAAAUACUCCAAGAGCUUCAGCGACACACUUAAAACCUACUUCAAAGAUGGAAAGGCGAUAAACGUGUUUGUCAGCGCGAACAGGCUCAUCCACCAAACCAACCUAAUCCUCCAGACCUUCAAGACUGUGACAUAGAUGGGGUUAACCACACUAACCCAGGCUUUUAACAGAGGACAGGAAACCCUUUAUAUAUACAAUGUUAAGAUUCUGCUUUUGGGACUGUAUCAUUUCUAAGUCUUGCUUCAUGGGGGGGGGGUCAUUUAGAGUUACAGGGGGUCAGACUAUAAUUGCCAGAGUUUUUUUUAAAUAUUGUUGUAUUUUUUUUCCCCACCACGAUCAUGCUCCCGCCACAGAGUAUCUGAUGUCAAUGCUCCUCUUUUUCUCCGUCUCUUCCCCAACCCCCUCUCUCGUCCUUGCACUUUCUCUCGCUCUCUCACUCUGUCCAUGUGAAAGCCAAAACACCGGGCCUUAACAUGGCCAUUGAGGCAUUCCUAAAGCAGAGUGUAAAUACAGGGACUUUUGUUUUUCUCUCAUUCUAACUUCAACAAUGAGACAUGAUGGUGUAUAUUUAACAGAUAUUUGGUCGCAGAAUGUUCAAAUAAAACGUUUAAACAUUUUGGAAAGAUUUUAAAA